GGCUCAGUGUAUCCUUCGGAUUGGACGAGUCCAAGCAUGCGCGGUGAGCAUCUCACGCCUUGACCAAGGAGGGACCGCUCAUGGUCGACUUUUGCCGCAUGUGACGCUACCGGUAUUCGCGGCGCUCGACUAUUGCAAGCGAGCAGCUGUAGAUCCCGACGCGCCGAAGCAGUCGAAGGUAGCGUGAGCAACAACCUCGCUGACGUCGUGGCUCGUGUGGGAGGCCAUGGACCUGAUGGCCGUGAAUAUUUUUGAUAUACCGUGGCAUGGGCAGUGAGAUUCAGACGGCGAGUGCACCAUGAAGUGCAUGAACCUCGCUUCCUCGAGGAUUCUCCUCCAGCUCCUCGUAAAUCUAUCCCAUACACGUUCAAGAGAAGAAGGCAAUCCUACAUGCGCUAUGCGUACCGCAGCGUUUCUGCCAGCAUGGUAUAGUCGACUAGAGGUCAAGUGGUAUCAGGUGUGAUCGUGAGGGCGGGCGCGGGCUUGUCCGGAAAGCCAGUGGCGCGCUGGUCGAGGCAUGAGAAUCAUUAGCCGGUGCCGAUUGAGAACGCUCGUACGGGCUGGACACACGUCAGGGGAGGGAAAGGAAAUCAUGAAAGAAACCUGCCGCGCGAAGAUAUGUAGCAUCGAGCAAAAGCAAUUGGGACAGCGACCACGAAACCGUGCGAGCUCAGUUGGAUUCUUGAUCUGGUUCCCAACGCUCACACGCUGGGAAUUGGAGUGCAGAUGCAGAGCGGUCACUAGUCCGCGAGGACAAGCGAGGGUGGCAGGCGCGGGUUCUCCGAGCUCGGGCGUUUGAAAGGUGAUGCUUUCGGAGGCAGAGGGUGACUUGGACUUGGAGCACAGAAGAGUACGCUCUCCAAGUGUUACAUCAUUCCCAAACCCCUUUUCCCCCGAUAUACCGCUGUCUGACGUACGAACAUAUCUCUGUCAAUACAUUGCUUGGGCAGGUU